CCAGGAGAGAGUGCUUCUGCUGUACAUUUAAUGAAUCUGAUGUUUCCAUUGUAUUUAGAUUAGAUUGUUGACUGAAACUAUGUUAUAUAGGUUAGUUAAAAAGUAUUUGCUCGAUAAGUUUCCUUGACUGAAACCACAUAUUGAUACGUGAAAGCGGAACUUGGAAAAUUUGUUUACGGUCACAUUUUAUGAAUUUUGUAGCCUUUAUGUCGUUACAGUUACUUGCAAAGAGUUCAUCGGGUAGAGCAUACAUUUGUUUGUACAGACUAUUACGUAUUUUAUAGACUGAGACCAACCAAACACGCCAAUCUUCCGUUUUCACUGACAGCAGCAGACGUGUCUGACGGCGUGUUGUUCUGUGUGACAAAAUCUCCAAUUUCAUGAUCACUGCUCGACAAUCAAGAAUGGAAUAGUUUUUCCUUAAAUGAAUACACAUUAUAAGGGUCCAGUGCUUUUGAUACGCUACGAUGUGAAGUUUUAAGUGAUGGUUCGGUGUUAAAAUCUUUGGCAUUUUAUGAGCACGGACUAGUUCUGCUGUGUAUUAGUGGUGUGCAUUUCGAGAGUCGUUGGAAAUGUAAUUUGGCAACAACAUUUGUUUACUGCAUGCAUGUCAAAAUGGAACAGCAGUUUUUCCAAAAUGUGAAUGGUGCUAGGACGAUGGCACCCGAUGUAAAUAUUCAGUACAUUGACACUGUAGAUGGCGCCCUUCAGUAUAUUGUGAACCAGACGGGAUCGGAACAUCUGAUUGCAAUAGAUCAGUCUACCGGCAGAGCACUGCAGAUUGGAUGCCCAUCGCGCCAACUAAUCAUAGACAACGCAUCUGGACAGCGUGUACUUCUAUUCCGUGAGGUUGAAGUGCCAUCUUCAGCAGCAGCACCUCAACCACAAGUCUCACAACAACAAGAAAGAAAGACAACCUCACCAGCGAUUGGUCAACAGUACGUUGUCACUUCUCCGUCAGCAUCCAGUUUCUUCACAGCAGCUGCUUCACAACAGUCUUCUCUACCACAUUCUACACAUGUACAAACAACUGCAGCACUGGAAAUUGCAUCAUCACUGAGCGACUCACAAGAGGAAAAACAGUCACCACCACAGCAGCAGCAGCAGCAGCAGGAGCAGGCGCUGCUUCAACAGCAACAGCAGCAACACUUGCACCUAGGCCUGCAGCAAAUACACAUACACCAGAGUUCUCCUCCUCCUCCUCCUCCUCCUCCUGCUGCUCAACAGCAACAACAGCAGCAGCAGCAGCAGCAGCAGCAGCAGCAGCAGAUGACAGCAGAUUCACGGUUGCCAUCAGCCAUUAUAGGAUUGGCAUCUAAUAUCAAGGAGAUUCAGCAGAAGCAACAGGACUUGCAGCAGCAGAAGCAGAAGCGACUAGGAGUGGUGGAACAACACAACCACAUCUUGCAGAAGGUACUCCAACAGCGCCAAGAACAGCAGCAGCUGUUACAACAACACCAGAGCCAUUUUAUACAACAGCAGAAGUCGCACCAAGAUCAACAGAAAUCAAAUCAGCAGACACUUCACCUAUUAUUGCGCCAGCAAGAAGGAACGGCACACAAAUGGUGUGAUCAGAUGGAUCUUCAAAAGCAGCCACCACAAGAAGAACAAACACAGCACCAGCAGUCAUGCCUCAGAGUAGAGUUGCAAAAGACACAUGAGCACCAACAACAGCAAGAGCAUCAUAAUUUGCAACCACAGUGCCAACAACAGCUAUCUCAGAAGCAGGAGUUGGAGCAAGAAAUGCAGAAGGAUGUACAGAAAAAGGAAUUCGUGCAACACGAGCAGCUGCAGCAACCACAGGAAGGCUUACCCCAAAACUCACAGCCAUCAUAUCAUGUUCACCAGCAACAGCAAACUCAGGAAAGUCACAUUGUGCAUAACCAGGUUUUAUCAGUGCAACAGCAGCAUCAGCCCCGUCAUGUGUCAACUAUCAGACAGCCUGGUCCAGGCCCUGGUACAAGAACACUCAGCAGUACACAAAGUGGUGCUCCUGUUGAUGGCAACAGUCAAUGCAUUGAGCCAGUUCGUCCUGUUCGGAGACAGUAUCAGAGGACUAAUUCAUCACGCUCACGCUCACAGCAAACCACAACUAAGAAGUCCUUGCCAGUCACACAACCACAAAUACAGAAGCAAAUUCUGGAUAAUGCAUUUAUUCGCAAGCAAGUAUUAGCUGCAUUAUCGCAGCACCAACCUCAACAACAGAAUCAAACCAGACAACAAAAUCAACUACAACCCCAGAAUCAAUCUCAGCAACAGAGUCAACUGCAGCCGCAGAAUCAGCUUCAGCCGCAGAAUCAGCUUCAGCCGCAGAAUCAGCUUCAGCCGCAGAAUCAGCUUCAGCCACAGAAUCAGCUUCAGCCACAGAAUCAGCUUCAGCCACAUCAGUCCCAGAACCUAACCCUGUCUCGUAUUCAGCAUCAAUCUCUUCUGCAGCCUCAACCUCAUCAAUCUCUUCUGCAGCAUCAACCUCUGCCCCAAACCCCAUCACAACCUCAACCUCAAGCCCAAACCCAACCGCAACCCCAGCCUCAACCGCAACCCCAGCCUCAGCUGCAACCCCAGCCUCAACCCCAACCCCAAACCCAACCCCAACCUCCACCCCAACCUCCACCUCAACCCCUACUCCAAACCCAUCCUCAUCCUCAAUCACAAACCCAGACUCAACCCCAACCCCAACUCCAAAUUCAAGCCCAAACUCAACCUGAGUCUCAGUCACAAAACCAAUCUCAACCUCAUAUUCAGGUUCAAGUUUCACAACAGUCACAACUACAACUGCAACUUCAACCUCAGACCCAAUCUCAACCUGUUUCACAUCAGCAGCCUCCAUUGCAGCAUCAGUCUCAGUGCCAACAGCAGCAACAGAUAUCAUUACAGCCACAACUGCAGCAUCAGUUACAGCAGCAGCAGCAGCAGCAGCAGCAGCAGCAACAACAUUUGCAGGAGCCAAAACAGUUGCAACAGCAGCUGCACUCAAACUGCCAGAAGCAACAACCACAGAAGCAGGAUUCAAAGCAGACAAAGAGACAGCCACAGAAGCAAUCACAAAAACAGCAGCAGCCACAUACUCCUCGGAAACGCUCAAACACUAAGCCAAAGCAACCCAAGACUCCUCAGAAACAUCAUGUGCAAGUUCAAGCCCAGCAGCAGCCUCGCACGGAACAGCAACUGAUCAUCCAUCUCUCUAACAAUGAAAAACGGCUGUAUAAGUUUUCUGUGGCUCCAGGACAUCAGCUUACUAUACCGCAAAUGCUUGAACAGGCUGGCCUCCAAGGAAUGAACUUCAAUUUUCUGAACUUGAACCUUCCAACGCAACAACCACCACAGCAGCAGCAGCAUCCUCAAAGCCAUGCACAGUCUCGAGCCACUCAUGUAAAGAUGCAGACUUCACAGAUACCUCAGGCAGCUCAAGAAAUGUCAUCUGUGCAGCAAGGAUCCCAGCUCCAACCGCCUCAACAGUCUCCUGAUCUUCAGACACAGUCAUUACCUCAGCCUCAGCAGGUGGUCCAUGCUCCAUCACGGGACAAGUUAAAGACCCCACCGCUGCAACAGCUCCCGCAACCUCAGCAGCUGCCUGCCUCUCAUCAGUUGCACCCACCUCAGCAACUACCCCCACUUCAGCCAUUGCCUCAUUCACAAACAGUGCAGCUUCCUCAGUCGCCGUCCCCACAGAUGCGUCAGUCUCAGUCUCCCCAACUGCGACAGUCGCAGUCCCCACAACUGCAGCUGCGCCAGCCUCAGUCUCCGCAGAUGUCCCAGGUACCUCCCCAGCAGCUCCCUGUGUCUCAGUCUCAGCAGCUGCCUGUCUCUCAACCACAGCAGAUACUGCUACCUGUAUCACAGCCUCAGCAGGUACUACUGCCUGUGUCACAAUCCCAACAAGUAUCUGGGACACAAUCUCAGCAAGUGGCAGUGUUACAGACCCAACAGAUCCCCAUAUCUCAGUCCCAGUCAGCUCCCCUGUCACAAGUUCAACAGCAACCAUCAUCACAAGUUCAACAGUUACCUCUUGCACAACCUCAGCAACUGCCAGUAUCACAGGUUCGGCACCUGUCUGCUUCACCACCGCAACAACUGUCAGUAUCGCAGCAUCAGCAGCUAUCUGUGACGCAGUCUCAGCAGGUGCCUUUGCCACAUCAGCAACUACUGCUGCCACAAAUACAGCAGCAGAAUGUGUCACAACCACAGCAUCUAGAGCAAACUCAACAAAUUCAGCAGGUGGCACACACCGAAUUGCUCACGCAAUCGCAGCAACUGCUACAUUGCACACAGGUACCGUCAAGUUCUCAGGGCCAGUCGCAGCAGCCAUCCCAGUCUCAGCCUGCAUGUAAUCCCCACCAACAGAUUCAGCCUCAGCUACAGGUCCAACUUCAGCUGACGACUCAACCUCAGCAUAAUUUACAAGAACAACAGUCAACUGUUCAGCAGCAGGCUCAUCGACAAGUUCAGCAGCAGAUUUACCAGCAGCCUCUAAGGCUGCAGUUGCAAUUACCCCAACAUCAGCUUGUUCUACAAACUCCUAACCCAUCUCAAGCUCAAAUCUUACUUCAGAAAAUAAUAGCUGCAAAAUCAAAGUCAUGUGAGGAAAUACAAGUGCCAGCGAUUGUCACAGCUGUACCACAGUCGCCUGCUUCGGAUAAAGAACGUUCUCAGGAUUCGUUACCGGACACAGGCAGCAAUAAUUCUUCUUUGUCUAGUGUCACAACAGUUAUAAGGAAUGUUAACGGGGAAACUACUGUUGAAAUAACGAGACCGAGAAAAGAGGAGCCCAAAUAUGUGGAUGGAAUGCUGGCACUGUGCCACUACUGUGGCUACACCUCCAAUGAUUUCAACUGCUGUCAACGUUGCACGCGAAAGCUGCCCGACAACGUUAAAGCACUACCAUCACAGGGUGUGACAGGAUUACCAACUGGAACUAAGGAGAAGAAGUUCCAUGAUAAAUAUAAAAAGUGGGAAGUACAGGUAUCAAAACCAGGUGCCAAAAAAUCAUCAAAAAGGCCUGUUAAGAAACAAGCCAAACUGGUGGAUGAACCAGUGUGCCUGACGCUUUCCUCUGAUGAGGAAGAGCGUGGGCAUUGUGAAGGGGAGGUGCCACAGAGAGGAUCUGGCCAAUCUGCUGUGCAGAUGGGAUCUGCUGUUGACUUGAAUUGUGAUCUCUCUAGUUCACUUUUGAAAAAGGAACCUCCACCAAACUUUUCAGAUGAAGAAGAUGAGCUGGUCUCUGAUAUUAACAAACUCAAGAGUGUCUGUGGUGGAGGGCGUGAAAUGCAGAGUAUUGUGGAUGGUAGCAUGGUUGGCACAUACACCCUCCUAGAUUGCCGCACAGUUCGGAUUGGGAACUACAAAGUUGUGCCUAAAGACAGAGUCCUGUUGUCAUCAGCUGGUAUAAGGAUUCAGGUGCCAGCGUUAACUGAUGACUCUGCUGUUGUUACGGUGACCAUGGAAAAGUCAGAGCUACGAAAAGUUCUGAUAAAUUUUGGACGUGGAAUGCCAGUGUUGUUCCUCUAUACAAACCGUCUAGCUGCCGAACGUAUUAGGCGGACUCUUAGCAUGGAACCUAGUCGUGGACCUUAUUAUGAUCCCAACAGUCUAGAUGACACUCAGAGACGGAUUACGUUGCUGCCGGAAAGAAUAUCAGAAGAGAGCAAAGUGGCCCUUAAAAACAUUUUUGAAGGUAUUCUUAGUGAGCUCGAUAACAAGGAAGCGAAUGAACUUCUAGUUCGUGCUUCUCCGAGAGAGAUUCAAAGUCUGAUAAAGAAAACAAGUGGUGGAUCGUCAAAUUCCGUAAGAAUAAAGAAUGAAAUACAAACAAUCAUAAUUUAUCCACCUCCGCCUGCGAAAGGAGGAAUACCAAUAAAUACAGAAGAUUAUGCUUGUUUGGGUGAAGACCAGUUUCUGAAUGAUGUAAUAAUAGACUUCUACUUAAAGUUCCUAACUCUCUCUUCAUUGACUCCAGAAGAUCAGGCUCGCACACAUGUAUUUAGCUCUUUUUUCUACAAACGCUUAACAACGCGGCCUGCUAAAGUUUCAAAGCGCCCACAUCCAAUUGAAGACGAUCCAAAGUUGUCUGCUGCAGAGAAGAGGCACAGUCGUGUGAAAGGCUGGACAAAACACGUUAACAUUUUCGAAAAAGAUUUCAUCAUAAUACCAAUAAAUGAACACUGUCAUUGGUUCCUAGCAAUUAUUUGUUUUCCUGGUUUAAAUGGCUGUGUGCGAAUGUCUGACAACACUCCAGUAAAAGAGCUCCCAAAAACACGUCGAAAGGCAGUCACUCAGAAAAGUAUUGUAGAAGAAGCAGGAAAGAGUGUACAGAUAGGAUGCACAACUAUUACACCUGUAAAAGUUGCGACAACCACCAUUACGUUGGAGUCGCCGGAAGAUGAUUGUUCAGAUAGAGAUGAAGCUGAAGGUGAAGAUGAUGAUAUUGUUCGGAGCAGCAGUGAGGAAGAUGAGGACGCUUCUUCUAAACCAGCAGCAACAGUGAAACAUGCUCUUUUUGCUGAUUCCUCUGUUGAUUCUUUUUACCCUAGUAAGAAAUCAGACAGUAAAAACUCUGCAAAAGCAACAAGAGAGCCUAUAAAACAGCCCUGCAUUCUUAUCUUUGACUCACUUUCGGGAGCUAGCCGGACACGUGUUGUGGCAACGCUUAGAGACUAUCUGCGUAUUGAAUAUCGAACGAAGAUGGGUCGCAGCCGAGAUUUCAACAAGGAUACAAUCAAAGGUGCCUCGCCACGUGUCCCACAACAAACAAAUUUUACAGACUGUGGUCUGUACUUGUUGCAGUAUGUCGAGAGUUUCUUCAUGAAUCCAAUAGAUGACUACCAUUUGCCAAUGAAAAAACUAGCAGACUGGUUUCCUGAAGAAGUGGUCAAUCACAAGCGCGAAGACAUCCAGAAAUUGCUUUUAGACCUAAUGCAGAAAUACAAUGUAGACAUAGAAAGUCUUAAUCUGCCAAAGCUUUCCUUUUCAUCAUCCAAGCAGAACAGUGACAGCUGCGACAAUCCUAAUGAACAAGAUAACAGUGCUGAUGAUGAGAAGGAAGCUGCUGGCUCACCUCAGACACCACCAAAAUUGCAGCGACUACAGCAGCAUAUGGAAUCGGAAGCGGAGAUAAUGGUGGCACGUCCACUUGUAAGUUAUGCGGAUAGUGAUGGUGAAAUGGGGCCAGUGGAAACUGAAAAAGAGAGGACAGAUCUGGCAAGUGCUAAUUUUGUUGAUAGUACUGUACCUGUCCCUGUGCUCCACAAAGGAAAGAGAAUUGGUACUGAACGACGAGAUCCAGUUGAUUCAUCAACCGUUACAAAUCCAGUGAAAAGGAUGAGGCCAGCUAGAUAGGAUCAGUUGGUUGCUUACCUGAGCUCUGUAAUCUCUGACCCCCUGCAGUACUCCUUCCUCAGCACCUAUCAGAGUGAGCUGGAGUUAUGUGCUGCAGUCAAUUUGUAACUUAUAUCUACAAUGAAGUUUUGUACAUACUAGAUAUGGUGUACCUAUAGAUUGUGUACAGCACACUGCUACAAUGUUUCAGCUCUCAUAAGUUUUUAAUUAUUAUUUGCUCCUGUGAAAAUGUUAUGUCUUUUAAUGUUUUGUAUUAUAACUAUGUCACUGUAUCUGUUAAGUAUUAUGUACACCAGAUUACAGAGUGGUGUCAUUGAAAUGUCAUUUUGUGAACUAUGUAAACUUCCUUGCUUUUGCAACAAGUUAGUAACAUGAGCAUGGUAGUUAAAAUAAACAAAUAACUAAA